CAGAUCAAAAGGAAACUUCCACCAAUCCUGUCAUGUCUUGAAGGACAAGAGGAGUCUUUAGUGCUUAUCCCAGCGUUUCUAGGCAGAACUUCAGCAGUGACUUUUCAAACCCUGUUGAGCUGAGAUCUUGCCUUGGGGACUGGUGUAGAGGAGCCAUCAGCAAUACAAUGAGCACAAACACAUCUGAGAGUUGUGGGAAAAGUCUGCCCUGUAGAAUGGAUCAUCUUCUCACAGCUGUAGAGAAUGAACUGCAAGUUGGAAGUGAGAAGGGGGACCCCACGGAAAGGGAACUCAAAGUCACUUUAGAAGACACAGACCUUUGGAUAAGGUUUAAGGAGCUUACCAAUGAAAUGAUUGUUACAAAGAAUGGAAGGCGAAUGUUUCCUGUGCUAAAAAUAAAUGUCAGUGGUCUCGACCCAAAUGCAAUGUACUCAUUCUUAAUGGAUUUUGUGACUGCUGAUAACAACCGCUGGAAGUAUGUUAAUGGAGAAUGGGUUCCAGGUGGCAAACCCGAGCCCCAGACCCCCAGUUGUGUUUAUAUCCACCCAGACUCACCCAACUUUGGAGCACAUUGGAUGAAAGCACCUGUUUCCUUUAGUAAAGUGAAACUCACCAACAAGAUGAAUGGAGAAGGCCAGAUUAUGUUAAAUUCACUGCAUAAAUAUGAACCCAGAAUUCAUAUAGUAAGAGUCGGGGGACCACAGAAAAUGAUCACAAGCCAUUCAUUUCCAGAGACCCAGUUCAUAGCUGUGACAGCAUAUCAGAAUGAAGAGAUCACAGCCCUGAAGAUUAAACAUAAUCCAUUUGCUAAAGCUUUCCUUGACACCAAAGAAAGGAGUGAUCACAAGGAUUUUAUCGAUGAUACAGAAAACGGUCAGCAGUCUGGUUACUCACAAUUGGGCAACUGGCUAAUUCCUGGGACUGGUUCCCUCUGCUCUACUACCAAUCAUCAUUCUCAGUUUGGAGCUCCACUGUCAAUUCCAUCAUCACAUGGGUGUGAGAGAUAUACUACUUUAAGAAACCACCGUUCCUCACCUUACCCGAGCCCAUAUACUCACAGAAACAAUUCUCCUCCAAGUUACUCUGAAAACUCAUCUGCAUGUCUUCCAGUGUUCCAGUCAAAUGACCACUGGCCUGGUUUACAGAUGCAAACCCAUACCAGCAUGCUGUCAAUAAAUCACACCAAUGGAAGCCCAUCCAAUUCUUGUCAGUAUCCAAGUUUAUGGUCAGUAAGCAACAGCACAAUCGCCCCAUUGCCUCAAACUGGAUCAGUUGCAAAUGGAUUUGGGUCACAGUAUCUUCGGAGCUCAACUUCUCUUUAUGCACCAUACAAUCAGAUAGUUCCUUCCCCCUCCAUGGGAUCACCCAUAUAUGAUGGUACCACCACUGAAAUUGAAGAAAACCAGUAUGACGUCUCAGCACACAACAGACUUGCACCUUCUUGGACAUCUGUGACACCACCCUCAUUAUAGGACAAAAACUUGUUUCUAUUGACAUUUGGCCUGUGAAAACAUUAAUGCAGCUUAUUUUACAAAUGGAAACUCUUAUCAAGAAGACACCAAGAACUGAGAAAUCUCAGUUGAUGGUACUGUACAGAAAAUGUUUUGUCAACCAGUAAAUACUAUUAGAUCAAAACUCAGUCGUCUUUUCAUGAUUUUAAUGAUAAAUGUACAGUAUUUGCAUAUGAAAUAUCUCCUUUGUUUGAAUACAGCACCGUAAUGUAUUAUUUUUUUCUUUUUUCAAUAAGAUCAAUAAUAUUGACUACAUUUCAUAUGAGCAAAGUAUGCCAUCAAUUUUAAAAAAACAAAGAUUUUGAUUGUUUUUAAUUGUUUUAAUAUAUUUUCUGCUUUUUGUUCAGUAUUGUAAAUAAUGAAAUUAAAAUAGACGAUUGUCAUAGGUAUUAUAAUCAAAUAAAUGAAAAUGCUAUAAUACCUACUAGGCGCUAGUAACCACUAGCCAUUUUUCUGGUUUGGACUAUUUAUAGCCUUAUUUAAUUAUAUCAAUGGAAAGAAUGUCAAGCUGUCAAUCUUUUGUAGCACUCCUAUGAUCCAAUGCUAGAAGCUGGUUUGGUGAGGAUGAGGAGAUAUGACUUUGCAGUUGGAGCAACCAAAUUUCAACAGCUUUGCUUUAGAACUAUUCCUUCUGUAAACAUGUAUAAUAAUUAUAGUAGUGUAUAAAAUCAUUUUAUCUUGA